AGUAGUAGCCAAGAGCUUUUGUCAUUUUUGUUUUUCAAAACCCAUGGAUCAAUUUAUUUUCUUAAUGGUCGUAAUGGAGGUUGCGGGUACUCUAAAUGAGUCCCGCAAACACUUUCUCAAGGACAAAAAGUUGAUGUUCUUAAUCUUGGCAUGCCCUCUCUUAGUCAAUUGUUUAUCAUACUUGAUUUUUGAAUCAAGUUUCUUACCAUUGACAGAUCCAAGCACCCCGGAAUAUGCUACCCAUCUUAUAAGAUACCUUGCAUAUUUGCCCCAUUUUGUCAGGUCUUUAUACAUAUUCAUCGCCGUCUCCGCCAUCAUCAACCUCUUAUCCGUUCUUGUCAUGGUCCACGCAUCGGCUCUUACGCAUGGAGAUGAUAGCUUCAAGAUCAGAGACUUUCCGAUUCUUACCCUUCAAUAUUGGAAGGGAUCUCCUGUGACUAAUUUUUACAGUGCUCUUUUCAGUCUUGCCAAUUGGUUCCUAUUCUUUAUAAUCAUUUUCCCUCUCGUUAUAUUUUCUACAAAACUCGAUUGCAUGGCAGCCAAAUCUCCCGCUUUAGGGGUUCUAUUUGCAGUCUUAAAGUCUUACUCAAAUUAUGUUUGGGACCUUUCUAUGUUCAUAUGGUUUCACGCUUUGGGGAAUGCAGCAAAGAGUGUUAAAGUGAUGAAGCCAAAACUAUUCCUCUUCAAUCUUUUCAUUGGUUUAUUGUCAUUUGGGUUAGUAAAAAUCUUCCGGCUGAUCGACUGGAGUAGUUCAUUCCCCGUGACCUUAACCUACAGUUUCGUCCUUGUGAGUUCCGUCUUUCUGGUGAGGUUGUUUCAGCUUGUGACUUAUACCGUUACCUAUUUCCAAUGUAAGAGCCUCCAAGACAAAGACGCUGAGUUGCUGAAUAUUUCAUUACUCUCAUAGGAGGAUUGCCCUGAAUAUUUCAAUAUAAGACUAUCAACAAUGGUUUUAAGAUUCAACACCCUCCAUGUCAUAUAUUUCUCU